AUGAAUUCCAAUGACCUAGCUCUUACUAUAAUAUUGGCCAUAUCAUUUGGAGUAUGCUCCAGAGUUUGCUAUACUUUUUUAUGGUUCAGGGCUCAAGAGGUCUUUGACAUUGGUGGUCCAGGUGUAAUUAGCGAAAUGAUGGACAUGAGUAUAGUUCAGGGCCAUAAGGCCGGCUUUAUAUCCAAGUUCUACAGCCAUUUCUCAAUUUCAUCACGCAACAUGGGAAAGUUUGUAAGAGUUCUGUUUGCUUCGACAUUUGCCCUGUGUUUGGUCGCUGUGGAACUGACAUUGUGGCAAAUUUUAGUGGCCGAAGAUAGCAAUUUUAACAGUGCUGGAAUUGGGGCUUUUGUAUGGCUGAUUGAUUCGGUAGCACUUGGCCUGAUUCUAAUUUUGGUGCAACCAUUUUUGAUCUUGUUAACGAUGCUCAAUAAGUUUUAUGGUGAUAGAAUGGGUGUUGAUUAUUUAACAAUGGUUUCCUGUGCAUUGAUCCUAACUUGGAUAUAUUGUUUGACAGGACUCAAUUGGGGGCCCUUUGGUGCGUCAACUAGCCUUCUGACCAAAGUAUCUGUUAUUGGGGUUAGUAUCAUGGCAACGCUCUCUGGAGUGGCCUCCCUGUCGACACCGUAUUACGUGGUGCAGUUUUUUUGGCAAAAGCGAACUGGGGUAGUCUCUAAUACCGCGCCCAACAACAUUCGCGUUUUGUUACUGGACGAGGUUGUGUUGAUGGAGAAAAAGAGGGAGUGUGAUCAAAAGAUCCAGGAGAAUCUAAUUCUCUUGCGCAAGGUGGAACGAGAACCCGGGGGAACAAACUCUGUUGUAAGGCAGCAACUCGUUGACCAGAUUAGCACACUUCAAUUAGACUUAGCAAAGCUAGAACAAAGUUCCAGAGAUCCGAAGUUCGUACGUUUACUGAAGCAGGGAGUUCAGCUUUCGUUUCUGGUAUACUGUGUCUACAAACUGCUAUCGACCGCGUUAAUCAAAAUUCCUGCGAUGGUUGCCCACACAUACUAUUACCCGAACGACUAUGACUACAGACACUUUGGCGGUUCCGCCGAUGGCUCAACAAAAGUUGCCGAUCCGUUGGCGGUAACACUGUCAAAAAUUUUGAACUUCCUGUUUUUUCGCUUCAAACACCAAGAAGGACAGGAUUUUCUUGUCAAACAAAUUUCGAUGAUCCUGUCAGUUUCCCUGUUUGGCUGCUCCGUUUCAACAGUCGUGACCACAGUGUCGUACUUAACAACGCUUCUGCCGCACAGAAUUCAAAUUUUGGCACUGAGAACUAUGACCAAAGAUGCUUCAGAGGUCGUGCUUCCUAAAUCAAACAAAGAUUCGCUCAGAAGAUUGAGAAACCCAUCUGUUAUCAAAAACCUGCUUAUAUCUGAGCUCACCGGAAUUUAUGUCCUCGCGACCAUUUUAAUGAUUCGUUCCAAUUUGCCUAUGGAUGUGAAUGAACGUCUAAAUCGAAUGCUUGGUGCAAGUUUUGGCGUUCCCAACGUAAUACUUGAUGUAUGGUUUGACAAAAUGUUUGCAGUAAGCUCAUUACUUACUUUCGUGGGUAUAAGGGUCGCAGAGAACAGGGCUACAAAUCAUUACUCAUGA